CCCGAUUCUAGUUCCGUAGCGAUAGCUAGUUUCAUCUGGGCCGUAUUUGGACUUGCGUAAGAGAGCAGGCUCUACUCCACUCCUGACGACUACUCUCAUGACACUGGCGGAAAACAACGGUUCUCCCGCAUGUAUGAAGGGAAAAGGAAAAGCUAGGCAUUCUGAACCUUCAGAACAAACACCCCUGCUACUACACCACGAUGAUGUCGCUCCUAGUCAACCACGUGCUACUGACGAUGAAGAUGCCGACCUUGAAAGCAGCUCGGAUGCUCGCCAAAGGCUUUGGUCCAAGCUCACAUUUGUUUUCCUGGCAUCUCUUUCUUUCUGCAUUAUAAUAUUUCUUCUACUUGCUCUGUUGGCAUACUCCUAUGCUGCAAGGUUGUCAGACGUAUCCCCAGAAGACAUCCUAGAGAAUGCGCUGGUGAUCCAAGGGCCAUACCGGGUGAGCGUACUCAAUGUCACAGCAGACGGCGGGGCAUGGAUACGAGUACAAGCGAGAAUUGGAAUCGAUGCGGGAUCAAUUCUGGGAGUCAAUACGGAUGAUGACGAGGGAACAUUCUACGACAUGUGGAAGUCAUUCGGUCGCUGGGGCGUCAAGUUUCUAGAUAGAGUCACAGUGGAUGUCUCUACCGCUCAAAUCUUCUCUCAGCGACAGGCACUCCUAGCCACGGUCGAUUGCCCGCCAUUUGAACUUCCUCUCACCGCCAAUCCCCCGUAUGAUGAUUCGUGGUUAUCCCCCAUGUCUUUAACUCUUUUUGCCAUCCCCACCCGGAACGCGUCCGAUAUAAACCAGUUCGUACAGGACUCCUGGCAUUCCGCUGCCGCGUCUAUACACGCUUUUAUUCCUAACGUGGUCGUCUCAGGGGGCUCAACGAACAAAGGCGGUUGGAGGCAAAUGCUAAGGCUCCAGAGAUCAGGUGUACAAACUACAUUGUCCAUGAAGCUUCCGCCGAUCCCUGGCUUGCCCACACCGGGCGAGGGUGUACCACUACCACCCGUGUCACAGCUGAUCACGUUGCAGUCUUUUGGCCUGGAGUCUGAAGAUGAAGAUGUGACUGUACAUGCCCUCGCAACUGUCAUCAACCCCGUGCCAUCUAUAAUGAACCUAACUGUGCCCUCUCUACCGUUUAUAAUCUCGCUCCCGGGCGAAAACCAUUCAUCAGUACCCGUUGUAUCGGUCCACACCGACCCGUUCACGCUGACCCACCCCAACAUUACGCUCGCUAUCUCCGGAAGCGUUCUUCCACUCCCCCCUCACCCUUCUGCAUCUAUUUCUGCUUUCAUUAGUAAAUAUCUCUCUCUCGAACCUAGCCCCAUAUCUGUCGUAUGUCCACUAUUCACAUUUUUUGAGGUGGAUACGGAAUUUCCGGCCCCCAUUUCCAAACCACAAAUACUGCGCAAUGUAACAAUUCACGACAUGAAGAUCAAACCCACAUCUAUUGGCAGCGGUUUCCUUGCUAGCGGUACGGUGUUCGCUCGCAUAGUACUUCCCAAAGGAAUGGAUCUCACACUGGAUGUUACCCGCGUAUUUCCUGAUGUCCUGGUCUUCGACGGGGAAGUCCACGAGCUGCCUCCCCUUCUCUCACCUCAACAGAAACUAGCAAAAGAAUUACCGGACCCACUUCCAGAACGCGCCUUUGGUCGUAUACGACCUGAAGAUUGGUUAGAGGCAACAAGCAUUCAAGUCGAUGCUGAAGAAGAAGGUUCCAUAUUCGCAGUCACCGCAGAUAUGGUCGAUGUACCGUUGGAGGUACUCCCUGGUCGGCAGAAGCACUUCAGCAAUUUCAUCAGCAAGGUCAUAUUUGGCGCCCAUGGUGCAUUGGCUGGUUUGCAGGGAGCUACUGAUGUCGGAGUGCACAUCCUUGGAUUACCGUUCCGUGAUCAUGAGGAUGCGACCACAGGAAUGGACCUUUUGGAUCUGCCCUUCCAGGGGAGCGUCCGCAUUGCAAUGAAAGAUUUGCUUGUACAACGGCUCGCUUGAUCUUCUCGUGAAAGAACCAUCUGUAAUUUAUCAUGAUACAUAGGUCUACUUGUUGAUAAACUCAUUCCAAGUCAUUGUUACAUAGAUUAGCACUUCACUUUACUAUUCAUCUUGCAACUUCGUACAUAUCGUCUGAUUCACUACUUGUUUUAUGUAUUGUCCUCGUGAGCUUACGAUGUAAUCG